AUGAAAACUGCAUCGUGCGCUUUAGCAUUCUUUGUGGUGAUAUUAGUUUCGGGCAGUUCAAAUGCUUGGGACUGCUACGAAACAUGGAGUCGAUGUACUGGCUGGUCUUCACCUUUAACAGGUAUUCUUUGGCAAAGUUGUCCAUCCUACUGUCAAGGUUGCAGAAAUGCAGCAACGGGAAGCUGUGUUCAAGUCGGUACUACAACGUGUAAUGGAAAGCAGGUUCAAGCAUAUCAAUGUCAAUGUUCAGGAAGGUGGACUGGCUCAAACAAGCCAAUCUGUGUUCCUGGCGGACUUGGUAAAUGA